AUGCACCCACCUUCGCUUCGUUUGAGAGGGUCCAGGACCCAGUAUCAGCAACACCAGCAAUACCACCAGGCACACAUACACAGUGCCAACUACAGUCCGCUUGCCUUUUCUCCUCUGGGCCAGCCAACACCUAGCUUGGAAAACGACUUCUCUCAGCGGUUGUUGCCGCAGUCGCUCCUAGUUGGAUCGCCCUUCUUUCAGAAUGGCCCGCAUCUGAAACAUAACCACCAUCUCUCGGAUAACCAGGACUAUAUCUACCGUGGAGUAAAGAUACUCAACUUUCAAAGUAAACCGCUCAUUGAAUUGUUGAAGGAUUUCAAAUUUGGUCCUCUAGAAUCCGCCAAAUUGCAAAAUGACGGAUCAGUGGUUCUCUCCUUUGUGGAUUCCUUCAUUGCCUGCCAUUAUUAUAAUCAUGCCCUAAAGGCUCAUAAUGUCGAACUGAUUGCCUUGCCUCCCGUAAAUGAGAAAAUCCAACUUGAAAUCAACGAAAAUGGAGCUUCACGUGCUCUUUGUUUGACCAACAUUUGUAUAUCUAAGGAAUCCUUGCAAAAUUUAUUGGAGAAAUUCGGUAUUGUUGUGGAAUUCAAUUUCAUUGAUUCUGAGAAUGCGGCAUUUGUGAAAUUCACGUCGAUUAUCAAUGCAAUGAAAUGUAAAAAUCAAUUCCAUCUAUUGGCAAAGAUUGAUGACGAGGAUAAAGGGGAUCUCUCGCAAAUAGAGUUGGAAUACGGUAAUGAUGAAAUGUUGGAUUCUUCUAUAAACGACCAAUUUGAAAUCGAUGCAAAUAACCUCUCCUUCUCAAAUUUAAACUCUAAUUCUAAUUCAAACUCCAACUAUGAUAUAAAUUCACGUUCAAAUUCAAUUGUUUAUGAUAGUAGAAGGGCGAGUGUUGACUUCACCCCUCCAAUGUCAAAUGAUCACUACGUUUAUUAUCCUCCACCAGCAAUAUCUGCAAUACCACCACCAGCAGCACAUUCCUCCUCGACGUCGUCACUGCAAUUGUCCUCUGCAUUAUCCCAUCAUCUCAGCCAUCCAAUUGUCGACGUACCUAGCAAUAUAGGUAACAGGACCGUCUAUUUGGGAAACUUAUCCAAUAAUCUGUCUAUUGAAGAGAUUUGUAAUGUCAUUCGUGGUGGUAACCUGGAAAAUAUUAAAUAUCUACCCCACAAGAAAAUUGCAUUCAUUACUUUUAUUAGACAUAUUGAUGCCGCUAAUUUUAUUGCUAGGGCUAAUGUCGAUCAUGUGUUUCUCAAUUCAAAAUAUGUCAAGGUUGGUUGGGGCCAUAACUCGGGUUAUUUAUCGCCCGAAAUCGAAAUCGAAAUUAACGAGAAUAACGCCACAAGGAAUCUAUAUAUAGGCGUCAAUGAAAACACUGAACGUGAAGGCGUUGAUUUUCUUUGGAAGGAUGGCGUCAAAUUGUACAAUACAAUCCCCAAAGAGGAGACCUUGAGGAGGGAUUUCUCCAUUUUUGGCCAAAUUGAACAGGUCAAUUAUUUCAAAAAUGGCGCUUGUGCCUUUAUAAACUUCACCGAUAUAAGGUACUCUAUAAAGGCGGUUCACGAUUUAAACAACAACGUCAACGAUCUUCAUCAAUCGUUGGAGAAUAGGUAUGAGAAGCUGCUUAUAUCUUACGGCAAAGAUAGGUGUGGCAAUCCCCCUAAGAAGAAGCGCAGGAGAAAGAAGACUUUGGGUUUGGGCGUCAUUACAAACUCUUCCAGCUCCUCCCUAUCGCUAUCCUCCCUACCUCCUUCUUCACCCUCUCUAGUGCCAACUACACCAAGUUUCAACAGCAAUGAUAAUAAUUAUGUCGACAAUAACGAGAAUAUCGGUAGUAACCAUGUUAAUAACAGCAACAAUAAUGAUAAUACUAAAAAUGACAAUAAGGGUAGUGAAAGACAUUAUUCUCACACACAAACGCCAAUGGUUCCUUACUACGAACCUUACUACUAUGUUCCUCAAUACUACUAUACCCCUCCUUCACCAUACAUGUACUCAGGUUCAAAUAUGGGGAGAAGUAAAAACAACUUAUCUAAGGGCAAGAAAUAA